CUUUGUUCCAAAUGAAAGCCUUUAAAAACAGCACACAUGCUCGUUCUGUGUCAGUUAAAGCGACAUCAUGGUGUCAAAGGUGCUCGUGGGUGCUGCUGUUUUUGUUGUCGCCCUCAUUUCAGAGAGUGCGGGCAUAAUCGGUGGCAGGGAGGCAGCGCCGCAUUCUCGGCCCUACAUGGCUUCCAUCCAGGUGCCAGAAGGGGAGAAUCUGAAACAUGAAUGCGGAGGCUUUGUGGUAGCAGAUCAGUGGGUGAUGACUGCAGUGCACUGUCUACCUAACGGACCAGAUGGAAGGAAGGUGGUGCUCGGUGUCCAUUCUCUGAGUGAACCUGAAGAGACAAAGCAAAUCUUUGACAUUUUGGAACUUCACAAUCACCAAGAUUUUGACCAAAGUAAUUAUAACAAUGACAUUGCUUUAAUUAAGCUGGAUCGUCCAUUUAACAUUUCCGAAGCGGUUAAAGCGGUGGAAUUUCUGCGUGCUGGAGGCACAAACCCCGACACCGGUAACGAGGUCGAAACAGCUGGCUGGGGAUCGGUUGACAACCUGGGGGCCAGACCAGAUAAACUCAAAGAGGUGACUGUCGAGGUGAUUAGCCCAGCUCGGUGCGGACGCAGCGACUACUUUGGUAGAAAGUUCACCACUAACAUGAUAUGUGCACAUAAAGUAUGCACAAACCCCUGUGACCAACCACAUAGGAAUGAGGACAGUUGUGAUGGGGACUCUGGAGGUCCUCUGCUCUAUAAUGGCGUUGUGGUGGGCAUCACCUCAAAUGGCGGAAAAAAGUGCGGCCAAACAAAAAAGCCUGGGAUUUAUACUAUCAUCUCUCACUACACUCAGUGGAUUGACAACAUCAUGAAUCCACAGCCAGCCGCAGCAGAAGACCAGAGCGCAUAAAUGAAGCAAGCAAGUUUUUAGCUACAGCUGACUAUGCAUCUGUCACAGUGUUUUUUAUAUAUACAUAUAUGAUUAACGCAUGUCUGUAGGAGCAGUUCAUCAAUGUGUGGCAAAUGACAAAAACAUAUGUAAAUGUCUUUAUUUUUUUCCUACUGCUCCUGAUUGCUCCCUCUAUGGGCGUCGCCAUAGAGAAUUGUCUGCCUCCAUUUUACCCUCUCUAGCAUCAUAAUAACAAUCACAUAAUUUAGCACUUUGCUGUAUUAUGGAAUUAAUAAAAACAUAGUACAUGU